AUGAGUGCCAGAUAUCGAAAUGAGCACAAAGGCAUUGGUGAUGACUACAUGCUGGAUGCGGCCAUGUCGCAUGCGUAUACACUAUGUACACGGGCGUGUACAGACGGCAGGAUGACCUCUUCCACGCCUUCACAAUAUCUCUACCGCUCCCAUGGAGGCGCCUGCUCCCCCAACCUUGGUUGUGCAACCUGUGACGACAAUUAUCUGCAUGUAGCACCGCAGAGCAGCGAUCCUGCUCAAUGCGAACCCGUCGGGCAAAGUGAAGCACUGCUUACCAUCAAAGGUCAUAUUGAGUCGAUCAACAAUGACUGGGCUACGAUUUGCAGCUUGGUCGCAGCCAAGGGCGACAAGAUCAUGGGGCGCUGGAAAAGGGCCAAUUCUGCCAAAAGGGAUGCCAUGCUCCACGAAGCUUUUGGAAACGCACAAGAGAAGCAGUGGGCGUACCUGCGUGCCUUUUACGCGAACCCGGGGCCCACGAACCCCAUUGAUUCCCACAGGGACGCCUUGCUUCUGCCCUACCUCAGUCAACGCGGUCUUGCUCGAGAUCCUUCGAAGCUACUAGUGCUACUAGAGCUUCGCAGGCAACAUGCUCCUUGUCAUUGGGCAUGGACCGAUCAUCGGAUCACUCGUUCUGGUCGUCGUAUUGGUAUGCUCGUAGUGAGAUUCAGCGAUACGGUCUUUUCUACUGGCGCAGACGACUACGGCAAACCUGUCGAGUUCGAUCAUGAGCUGUUCCACCAAUGGCAACAAAUUGGAUUUCCGAUCGCAGAGACAUUGUUUGAAGCUCAACGCAAAUUGUACAGCAGGCUAGCCAAGAUGGUGUCUGCUAUCUUGAAAGGUGCCGAAGACACGAUUACUGGCGAUAUCGCCUGGAAUGCUGCCGCUGCAGAAGGCUUCUCGGCCUUGCUUCCCAAAGCAUACAACGAAUCUGGAAAGUUUCUUCAUGUUCCGGUCACUCCUUUCGAACCACCUCCUCGUACCGACGUAACAGAGCUACUGGCCUCGAUAUCGACUCGGCAAGUCGCUGCAGAGGAGGAGCUGUGGCUUUUGCAAACCGAUAUUAGAUCCGUCUACGAUAGGGUGGCUUACAUUGAAAAUGCCAAAUUUUUGGCGAACUUGAAGGCAGAUGAAAAGUGGGCAGCUAUCGCACUCGAACUGACGCGGCCGCUUAUAAGAAGAGUCCAGUUCUGGGCGACUUUGCGGACCUGCACCGAGGGUUGGCAAAUGGCCAUGGACCAUGGAAUGGGUCAUCAUGAGACGCAUUACAAACUCAGCAAGGCUAAGAAACUGCUCGAGGGCGCUGAUCUGGUUCUGGCUUUUAUUAAAUUCCUGUUCCCCAAGGUCAUUCGUAAAGAAUUCCAAGACGUUAUGACGGGCAUUCUGGCUCAAGACUGCUAUUUCGACCACGAGUUUGCGACCGUAGAUCCUGCUUUGCCGGAGAAAAGCGAUCUCCCAUUCGUGAGAAUUCCUGAAGAGUCCAUCCGCAUCAUUAAAGAAUCUGCUCCGAAUGAGGCUCGGAAGCACCUGAUAAAGUUGAGGGCCAUGUUCUACAAGGUCAUUCGUUUUUCGGAUUUCUUCGAACGCGAUCCACCCGUAUGGGCAGCACUCCUAUUCUCGAAUUGUACGCGCACGAUGGACCUCGCAAUCGCCGAAGAGGUCUUCCCUGUCAUGGACGAGUUGCUGGUUUUUCCAGAGGAGAACAACGUCAAACUGGACUUGUUAAAGCAUUCACAACUGCUCCCUGCUCUCAAAGACUUUUCCGUGGCAAUUUGGGUGCAAAAGCGUCUCGAAUUACAUGCUCCUGAGGUUCUGUCCCUGAACGAUGAAGAGAGCGAUGAGUAUAUCGAACAACCCGAGUGGCAUCAACUUUUGCAUGAACUGGUGAGCAUGAAGGUCAAGAAUGGUACCGAUGGAGAGUGGUACCGGGAUUGGGUGUACCGUGCCACCCCGGACGAGGAGGUGCGCCUGAAGCUGAGCAAAGCCGGAAAGCUCCUAGAACAGUUUAGCAAAAUCAAAUUGCCGGCUGAGAAGCGCGGAGUCAACUACCUGGUCAAGUCCAAGGAAGCGAAACUGGCACUUGAUGCGUUCUGGGCAGAGGUCAGAGAAGUUCGGAUCGAUGCCGUGUCCACCGACCUCAGGGAAUGCGGUCAAGAGAAGGACAUUACCAGAGCCGAGGUUGAAGCACUCAAGGACAUCCGAAUCUUAGACUGCUACAAAGAUCCCGGUCCCUUGGAGAUAAUCGAAGCGGAUCUCGCUCCCAGAUUAGCUGGAAAAGGGAAACGCAAAGUCGACGAACAGCAAGACUUGGAAAUUCUAGCGGAUCAGAAACAUCUGCAAGUCUCGCCUCCGAAAAAGCCUCGAUUAAGAAGAAAAGGUGAAGACGACGACGACGACGAAGACGACGACGACGACGAUGAUGCUAGCAGCAGCAAGAAACCCCUCAAACGAAAACACCUCCCAACUCCCGAAGAACCAGCAGUAACACCACCUCCCAUCAUCGACCGACCUCCCACUCCACCACCAAUCAUCAUCCCAGCAUCCGCCAAAAGCAUCCGCAUCUUCGCCCGUCUCUGGCCCGCCGAAAGCCGAACCGUCGAAGAAGGCGCCGUCACAUGGAAUGACCUGCGAGCUGCCAUGGGAGAUAUCGGCUAUCCCGGCGUAUCAAUCGGAGGAUCUUGUUGGUCUUUUCAAGGGCCUCAAGGAAAAGUCGUCAUGGAUACUCCGCAUGGCACGCCGCAUAAUCGGGUCGAAAGGGGGAAAUUGAUGUAUUGUGGUAGAAGGCUGGCGAGGGCGUUUGGGUGGAAUUUUGAGACGUUUGUUUUGAGGGAAUGA